UCCCCCGGAGGUGCCUCGCGCUCUUUCCCCCCAGUCUCCCGUCUGGGCGAACUCGGUCUGCUCCCGGUGCCCGUUCGGAGAGUUGAGAGCCGGAUUGGUCCGUAAGCCCCGCCGCUGAGCCGGGCGCUGCAGCGCUCCGGCACCGGGUCUCCUCUGGCCAGCCCCGCGCGCCUCCUGUGCUGCUGAGGGGGCUUGUUCCAGUGUGUGCGGGCCGGGGACUCUUCUCCCCUCCCAGAGAAGCCCCCCUGCCCCGCGUGGGCUGUGCCCGGGCCGGGUCACCGGGCGCUGCUGGGCUCAGGGAAUACGAGCCCCUCGCUAGCUCCCCAGCAGCCAGUGAGCGAGCCAGAGCCGCUCUCUGCCCGCCGCCGCCGUGACCGGCCCGGGAGCGAAGCAGCAGGCUCGAUGGGCUUGGGGAGGGGACGCUCAGCAAGUGGCGGGUUCGCCGGGGAGCCCCGGUGAGGCCUCGCAGCCCGGGCUGGCAGACAGGUCGGAUGACACACGUUGCCUUCCAUCACGAGCAUGUCACGUGAGGCGUUAAAACCCGAACUGAACAACGGAGAGAGUAGCUGUGACGCUGGGGAUUAGCUGUACCAACCCUCUGACACGGCCCCCAGCACAGCAUAGGCUGGCAGCUGAGCCUGUUCAUAUUUUUUACUCUACGCAAAUGCUAAAGCUAGACGUAUUUCUUACGUUAAUAAAAACAAGUAGCAGCUGGUGCUGGAUGAAUGGAGGUGGAGUUUCACAGAACGCUUGGAUCCCAGUGGUUAGCUCAAAUAGAAAGCAAGGUUCUCUAGGGUUAAAGACCUCAGUUUGUUCAGGUGAAGCAGCGCGUAACUUGGGCAGUUAACACGGAAUGCUUGUCCCACGUCACUGCAAGAUUCCAGGGACAGUGCAGGCUGGGGCACUGGAUUUGCUAAAGGAGCUUAAGAAUAUACCUAUGACCCUUGAGUUGUUACAGUCCACAAGAAUUGGAAUGUCAGUGAAUGCAAUACGCAAGCAAAGCACAGAUGAAGAGGUUACAUCUUUAGCAAAAUCUCUCAUCAAGUCUUGGAAGAAGCUGUUAGAUGGACCGUCAACUGAUAAAGACUCUGAAGACAAGAAAAAGGAACCUGCAUCUUCAUCACAAAACAGUCCUGAAGCAAGAGAAGAAAGUAGUUCCAGUAGCAACUCCAGCAUCAGGAAAGAGGAGGCUAAUGCUUCGUCAGAUUCCUUCAUCCCUUCUUUUCCUCGGGCUCCAAGUACUUCAGAUUCUGUACGAGUGAAAUGUAGAGAAAUGUUGGCUGCUGCUCUCAAAACAGGAGAUGACUACAUUGCUAUUGGUGCUGAUGAGGAAGAGCUGGGAUCUCAGAUUGAAGAAGCUAUAUAUCAAGAACUGAAAAACACGGACAUGAAAUACAAAAAUAGGGUACGAAGUAGAAUAGCAAAUCUCAAGGACACAAAGAACCCUAAUCUAAGAAAAAAUGUAUUAUGUGGGAACAUACCUCCAGACAGGUUUGCCAAAAUGACAGCAGAGGAGAUGGCAAGUGAUGAGCUGAAAGAGAUGCGCAAAAAUCUGACCAAAGAAGCUAUCAGAGAGCACCAGAUGGCUAAGACAGGAGGCACCCAGACUGACCUGUUUACAUGUGGCAAAUGUAAAAAGAAGAAUUGCACUUACACACAGGUUCAAACCCGCAGUGCUGAUGAACCUAUGACAACAUUUGUUGUCUGUAAUGAAUGUGGAAACAGAUGGAAGUUCUGUUAGAAGAAACAACUGUCAAGACACCAGGACCAGAAAGAGGAUUUUGUAAUUAGCUUUAAGAACUAGGCCAGGCAUGCAGGUUCCUGCAAACAAGAAACUUUUUUUUUUUUUUUUUUUUUUAGCAGAAUACAUCCCUGGAGUUUAACCUUUGGUUUUUGACACAACUUCCUUAAAUGCUUUCCUAUAGUUAAUAGUCAGUAGGGCCCGGAUGCUCAAUUGUACGGUGUAUGUUUAAAAUAUUUUUUCAUUUUUAUAAGUAAGUUGACAUUAAACUUUUAUCAAUAAACUUUUGGUAACUGAAUUGUUUUCUUAACUGUGUGAACAACGUACUGUAUAUUUUUUUACAGUCUGAAACAUACCCACCAGACAUAUUUUACCUCUCAAUUAUGUUAAAAAUGUGUGAAUGAAAUUUGUAUUUGUUUCUCACCGGCAUAUUCCCACUAAUUUUGUGGGAAGGAAGGACAACUAACUUCAUUUUAAUUAUACCAAAUCUGCUGUGGUAUCUAAAUUGCAACUUGUUGGCUCUGUCUGGUUUGUACAUACCAUUUAUGAAUUAAUGCUUAAAUUCAGAUCAUGAAGUUUGGAACUUUGUUAAUGGAUCUAUUGAUCUCUUCUGUUACAAUGCUUGGAUAAAUUUGCUUAUGUAACCAGCAUUGAUCAGUCCAAUUUAUUGUACUGCCCUAAAGCCUGUAUAUACUACCACUAGAUUUUAUUUCUGGAGAAAUGACUUAAAUAGUUUGUUUAAAUUUGAUCUAAUUGGUUUGUUUUGCUUAUGUGUUUGAUACCAGAGUUUAUUUUAGACUUUGUAAAUGAGCAAAGACAUUUUGUGGCAGGCUGUUUAAAUGGCAGUCAGUAAACUAGUUGAUAAAAAGAUAAACUGGUUGGGGAAGUAAUAUUACUUUACAUCAAUUCAUAUAAAUGGCAUUAGUUCCCUGUGAACUGCUAAUGAACUUUAUUUUGAUAUUUAGAAUCAUUGAUGCCAGUGAUCAAACCAGAGACCAGAAUAAAUCAUUAAAGUUAUGGUCUUUCACCAUUCAGGAUGAUAGAAAGAUUUGUUUUAUUACAAUCUGGUUUUUGACAGUGCACCUUUUAAAACACUUUGCAAAUGCUAUUUAGCAAAGAGCCAGCAUGGUUAGAGGACAUAAGAUUCUUAUGUUUUUGACAACCUCUAUAUUUAUAUUUAUUUAAGCUCUGGGGUGGGGAAGGUCUGUCCAAUCAGUGCGUGUUGAAUUUGUGGAUAGUUGCAGUAUGUAAAUCCAUUUAGUUUCUGGAGAAUAAACUCCUUAACUGGACUGGGCAGACAGAAUUUUUCUUUUGCUGAUUUGCUCUAUAAUGGUGGAGACAUGGUUUCAAAUGAGGCAGCGUUAAAUUCUGAAAACACUUAAGCUGUGAGACCCAAAAAAGAGUUCGUUAAAUACUUUAAUCUUACAUUACAAAUCAAGCUCUUUCCUGUUGAAAAAGAAAAAUAGUCUAUUCUUGUGGAAGGGAAAAUAAACGUGGCUAAGAAUUUAGCUUGUUAUAGACACAUCUGCUUUUAAAAACACGGAGGAAAUUAUUCAAAUGUUUCAAAGGUUAUUGCAUAAUUUUAUGGAAAGAAUUUGGAUUCUGCUUGCUUGAUAUUUCUGCUCUAAUUCAGAAAGAUAUUUUUAAAAUUAAACUGACUUGAAAAGUGAACAGAAUAAUCUACAAUGAAAACUUAGCAGGACUGUUUUAUUUAUGUAUCUUUGAAAAUAUCUUGAAAUCUUUUAAGUUGCCUUAGACAACAACAAAAUGACUUCAAUUAUAGAUGUUUAGUGUCCAUGUGUCUGUCCUUUGUUUUUGGGCACUUCUGAAAGGACAAGUCUAACAAUUUGUAUUAAGCAAAUGUAGUCCUUGUGACUUGGGUGCCAGCUGGACUUUGACAGCAGUGGAAAUCUCAGUUAGUUACAGAACAGGCACAGCAUCGUGUGUACGAAGUUCCUCACGUUCUGUCUACACUCAACCUAUCUCUACCCUUACAUGAAAGGAUAGCGUCCCUUGAUAAGAAGAUACAAUAAUAAUUCACUUUCCAUGCAUGCUCAGUUUUGUGAAACUUCCCACAGGAAAUCCGCAAAUCACUAAAGCCAGUAUCACAGUUCAGACUCUUGUAAGAACUGGAAUGAGAUAUUCUUCAUCUAAAGCCACAGCCAGUAGGUAGUAACAGUUUCUGGGACUAGAUCCUGCAGCUACUUGGGCAAAACUCCCAUUGACCACAAUGGGACAAGUUAAGGACCGAGAUAGGUUACUGAAUUAAAUUGAAUUAUCCAGUCCCCAUAAAGUUAUUGUAGUGUGUGUUAGUAUAAAAAAUGUUCUCUUUAACAAGUUUGAUACUGAUGCUCACUAAUAGUUUAAAACUUGGCUGUGUCUUUAGGUGAAGAAGUUAAACACAAUUUCUCAGGGUGAAUUAUUAGUUUUUAAAUUUCAUAUUAAUGGUCAUUCUUUGUGUAUCAAAGUGCCCUCUCUUAUUAGAAAGGACACUUAGAUAUACCAUGCUACUGGAACAAUUUUUUAUGUGAUUUAAAAUGUGUAACCUACAGACAUUUGCUAUAUUGUACUUCAUUAGAUUGUACUAAUGAAUUUGGAAUUUAAAGUUCAGUCUAAACCACAAUGUGGAUAGCAUCAAUUGAUGUGUUGGCUGAAGGGGUCCAUGCAAUUUUAAUAUUGCUUAGCAGGUUCAUGAAAAGAACACUCUAACAGUAUGAAUGUUUUGUGGGAGUUAUUGGUAUAUAAAGUGCAGACAUUUAAAAGCUAGUACCUGUGGAAUAGAAGGUUAGUGCAGCUUAAUGAUGUCCUGCUGCUAGAUAAAUGCCAACGCAAACCAGCAAUGUUUACUUUCAAGCCAGGAUAUAUUGAUCCUGUGAUAAUGGUUUUGACUUCAUUUGUUCUAUAUAACUUGUGUAGAUAUAGAUAUACUUUGUGCUCGUAUUUCUGAAACAAUUAUUGCCUCCUAUAACAAUCUAAUUAGUACGUCCUAAUUCAAUGGGACCAAAACUUGGCCCUUGGAAAAGAUUAGUAUAUGUCACUAGAGAUGAGUUUAUGCAUAGUUAUGAAUAGUGAAACAAAAUACAGGGAAUAAGCUGUCUUUUAUGUGUGAUUUAAUUAAUCUUAUCUAAUCAUAUAUAAAAUUCAGUUAAAAUGAAGAAAUGUGACAGGAGGGUGUGUUUUAACCACACCUGAAAUGAAUGGAAAGUUUCCAUUAACUUUUAAUUUCCCAGGAAACUGACCAGUCUAGCUUAAUUGUCCAAGUGAAAUACACAGUUUUGAACUUUUCUGAUGAAUAUAUCUGAUCUCUCUAGCAAGCUGAAAGUGAUCUAGUGUAACUUCUUUUGUCAGCUUGGUGCUUCUCAAAGGCCUGACAAAACCAAAUUAAUACAUUAGUACAGCAUAGUCACUGAUAGUCCAAGUUUUCCUAGUGCUACCUCACCAACAUCCUUAUUUUGAUCUUCGGCAAGCGCUGAGACUACUAGCCAGCAUGCCAGUUAAUAUGCGGUGUAAACUGAAACUAUUAAUGUGACUGUUGUCUUGUGCUCUGGAUAUGUCAAUGAACUGGACUGAGAUCUUUAAUUUGACAUAACCAGCUGCCAAAUGUAUUUUAGUAACAACUGGCAGUCACUACUGACUUGGACCAGAUUUUAACAAGUGACCUAGAAGAGCUCUUUUCUUUUUAACUGAGUCAGCUGGCAGCACUGUUUUGCAAUGUUACUUGUUAAAUGUUGCUUAAAUCAUUUUUUUUCAAACUGACAUGCUAAAUGUUGUGUUUUUUAUAGAAAUAGAUGAUGGAAACUAUUUAGCCACAGCUGUUGCUUACAACUUACCUUAUAUCAGGUCUUCUCCCUCGCUACUGAGUAGCGACAAAACUCAUUAUUAUUUUUAAUGGGAUUAACACUGAAAGAGCAAAACAUAUCUCCUGCAUGGUGCAUUGAACAAGCAAGGAAAUUAGCACAUGCCUGAAUUUUCCCCCAGUGAGAAGGCGUUUAGUGUUUGUAUCAUAGUGCCCAGAUGGUAGAACUGCUGAUAGGCUGGAGAAAGAAUACAAUAGCUUUCAUAGAAAAAGCAAUGCAAAACUACCUGUAUGAAUCCCUUUUAAAGAGGUGAUUUUUUCACUCACCACCCUUCUGCUUCACAUCUGUCUGCAUUCAUUCAAAUCAAUACAUAGGAAACUAUCACUGAAGGGAAUUCUACAGUAAACUAAAAUGUAUGUAGUGGAAUUACAUUAAACUACAGUGUAUUUUGGCUUAAUUACUAUAGAUUAAGCAACUCCGUAAAAACAGAUCUAUAAAUCGGUACUUAAAGGCAAUUUGUUUUAACUUCUUCCUAGCUUUAGCUAUGAUAACUAAUUUGGGGGCGUACUGAAAUGCCAUAUGGUAAUAGGUAUGAGGCUUGGCAAAAAGCACUAGUCUGCACAUACAAGUGCAAUAUAUUAGGAAUACCAGAAAUGCAUGUAGGAAGCUUGUGGAAGAAUACUGCUUUGCUUUGAGACUUUCUGAGCCUGAAUUAAUGCCAUAUCCCUGGAAGCUUGUUUUAACUUGCUUUUGUAUGAAGUAUAUGAAUAUCACCUCUGAAGUAAGCAACCCCCAAACAAUCUGGCCUGUAAUUUAGGAUUUUCAAUGUCUGUGAACACAUCAAAUGGCUGCUACUGCAGAGCUCUAGGGACUAAAUACUGAAAUAUUAAUUACCAUUAUUUGCAUCUGCCUUUGCAGUGAAGAGAACAACACAUGAGAAUUCUUGUGCUUUAUUUACAAUUAUAAAUGCCCAGACGCUUCCCUCUCCUAAAUUCUUCAGCUUUUAUAAACAUGAACAGUAUGAACUUAAAAAUGUUUUCAGCAGACUCUGAUAGUAAAAUAACACUUCUCAAUAAGAGAAUUUUAUAGGCAGUAUUAUUCCAGCCUACUAGCUUCCAUAAACUUGAGGUGGUUCUAUUUCAUUGCCAUGAGCACAUUGCUUAUAUGUAUCAGGUAGCCACUCCAAGACAAGCGCUAUCUCUACUUCGUCCGUAGUGGCCAGGCUGUACUAUUAGAAAAUGUGAGGCUUCAGUCUAGUGUAGCCCAAGUAUCAACAGCACAACUGUUUCUACUGUGGCUGCACAAUGGGGGGUGGGGGGGUGAGAGCAGUCAUAACUAACUGUUUAAAAAAAUAAAUUGGAGAGCUCUUUCUUUCCAGAGUGGUAACUUUAACUUCUCCUAUAAGUUUGUGUCCAACUACAUUCUGCUAUUGUAAAAUAUGACUUUUUUAACAUCUAACUAUCUCCACAUUCUCCUUUGCAAAGUGUCACUUAAGUUGAUCAGAGGCUGCAGUUAGCUUGUGGUGUCAGAGCCCUCUGCAGGUUAAAACAUUGACAGUCCAUAUUAAAAUAUGCCUGAGUUAUUUUCAGGUAGAUAUCCUAUUAACUCUAAAUUCCCUGUUGGUUGAUGUAGCCCAGAGUUCCAUUUCUGCUUUUUUUAAAUAAAUACAUUAAUAAAAAAUACUAUGCUUUGAUGGAUUUCUCAGAUAAGGACUGAAGCAAAUCCUUAUAAAUAGCAGAGUUCAUAAACCGUGGGUAGGAGUCUCUAUGCAUUAAGGUGUAAAUCUGGAGCUGUGCAUCAUCAAAAGUAUGUUGUGAUGGUUCCAGCAUAUUUCGGUUGAUAACUUCCCUUACUCUGGAGUCCAGGCUGACCUGUGUAUUAAAAAAGCAUUCAUUGACAUUGGUAAUAGCGUGCACACUUUUCCAGCUCUACCCACUUAAAAAAGUGGAUUUUUUGGUUUUUCAUUUCAAUCUUCACCCCUCAAACAAAGUGUAAAGGGUCUCAGAUAUACACAGGCAGAGAGAAUUAUCACUUCCAACUUCGGAUGCAAUUAUCUCCUUGAGUAGUGGAAUCCUCUCUCAAAGACAGCCUUACUUUAAACAAUACAGUCUGAAAUCAUAUUUGUGCUAAAUUCUGACGAUACAGCUGGAAUUUUUGCUCUUUCUGCUUAAUAGUGCAGUGAAUUUUUAAUUUUGUGUGACUCGCUUUUGUUUUCUUGGGAAUAAGUGUUGUCUGAGGCUGAAUUCAUAGCAGCAGAAUUAAUCAGAAGGAAGCUGCAACCUGUAGAAAUGUUGUUUAAGCAAAUCCCUUUACUAAAGAGCAGGCAAAAUUAGACAUGAAUUGCAGAUAGUUGUAUAAUGGUUCCAUAUGUGAGCAAUAUUGUGAAAAUUUAAAUUUCAGUGAGGUGGCAGUCUCAAAGAUAUUGUGUUAACAGCUACUAGAUUUCAGUAGUGCUUGUAUCUGUACACAAGUAGUGCUUUUUCCACCACUGUGGCUAAUAAGCUUUUGACUAAUAUUUGAGUUUAUAGUCCUUUAUAACGAGAAACCAACUAAACAAACAAACUCAACCUUGUUGUAGUGUAAUGUUCAGUGUAUGAAAUAUUUGCCAAUAUCAGACUGGUAGAUAGCGUUGUUAAUUUUUGCUGUAUAGCAGCAGUAGUUCUUAAAACAGAUUAUAUUUGAGCAAUUCCUUUAUAUUUCAUAGCAAAUCACAGCGAAAGGUUUUAAACAUUUUAAGGUCUCCCAUUUCUUUUUUUACUGCUAA